GGCAGUCCCGGCGCCGCAGAGCUUUGGGUCCCGUGUUGGGUGUUAGAAAGUAGCGUCCUAAGGGUUCGUCUGUUCAUGUACAGAGUGCGCUUUGUUCACGUUUCCUUCUCCAACUCUAGCACUUCAGGGUCAGUAUCUGUAGGUCAGACGGUCUCAGAAAGAUGCAUCUACUGUGGUUUAUGGGCGCUGCCCUUUUAGGGUUGGCUACCUGUGUGCCCAUUGAACGGCCCAAGGAGAAACAAGAGGCUGCCCCAGAACCGCCAGACACAGGCUUGUAUUACCACCGUUACCUCCAAGAAGUCAUCAAUGUGCUGGAAACUGAUGGGCAUUUUCGGGAAAAACUGCAAGCGGCCAAUGCUGAGGACAUCAAGAGUGGAAAACUCAGCAAAGAGCUGGACUUUGUCAGCCACCACGUCCGGACGAAAUUAGAUGAACUGAAGAGACAGGAGGUGUCCCGGCUCCGGAUGCUCCUGAAAGCCAAAAUGGAUGCCGCAAUGGAACAAGAUGUCCAGGUAGAUCACCUGUCCUUAUUGAGGCAGUUUGAACAUCUAGACUCUCAAAACCAGCACACAUUUGAAGCCCAAGAUUUGGAACUGCUCAUUAAAGCCGCUACCAAGGAUCUGGAGAAUUAUGAUGCAGCUCACCAUGAGGAAUUCAAACGCUACGAGAUGAUGAAGGAGCAUGAGCGUCGGGAAUACCUGAAAUCUCUGGAUGAGGAGAAGCGUCGCGAGGAGGAAGCACAUUUUGAAGAACUCAAGAAGAAGCAUAAGGAGCACCCCAAAGUCAAUGUCCCGGGCAGCCGUGAUCAGCUCAAAGAGGUCUGGCAGGAGACUGAUGGUUUGGACCCCAGUGAAUUUAACCCCAAGACAUUCUUCAAACUUCAUGACACCAAUAGUGAUGGGGUGCUAGACGAGCAAGAAUUAGAGGCCCUUUUCACUAAGGAGCUGGAGAAAGUAUACGAUCCCCGGAAUGAGGAGGAUGACAUGUUAGAAAUGGAAGAAGAAAGACUGCGUAUGCGGGAGCACGUCAUGAAGAAUGUGGAUCUUAAUAAGGAUCGGCUGGUGACCCUGGAUGAAUUUCUUAAAUCCACUCAGAGGAAGGAAUUUAAUGAAGCUGAUGGAUGGGAGGUGUGUGAAAGGACACUGCCAACUCAAGUGGGAUCCUGAGUGUUGGUUGGAAGG